GAGCUGGCGGAAUUGGGUGGCCUAGGAGUGUCCGCGGCUACUAUGCCUUUCUUUUUCCCCGGGGAUGGUGUUUGCUUAAGGAAAUCUGAGCAAAUGUAAAGCCGGUGCCCCUCCCAGACUGUAAACUGGUCCAUGUGUCGGCGAGAGCAGUGAGGUCAGCAUCUGCGCCACAUUGACACGCGUUGGCCGACUGAGACCCUGUGCCAGUCAGGAGCGGAUGGAUUAUAUCAAAGAUUUCCCAGUAACGCCAUGAGUGGCCCUUUGAAGAGAAAGUUCAGCGAAGUCGACGAGGACCGCUGCUACUCGUCAUCCUCACCCUCCUCACUCUCCUCCCCAGCCAGCUCAGAGUGGGACUCCGAUGGGGGGAGCUUUCACUCUGACACCUUGGAUUCGAGGCCUAGUGCUCCCAGCUCCCCAGAAGCUCUCGUUCCUACCACGUCCAUCCUGAAGAAGGCCAAGCGGCCGCGGAAAGGCGCCGUGCAGUUUGACCAGGUGAUCGUCUACUACUUUCCGCGCUGCCAGGGCUUCAGCAGCGUGCCCAGCCGCGGGGGAUGCACCCUGGGUAUGGUACGCGAGCACAGUGCCUGUCACAGGUACACCCUCGCAGAGUUCGCCCUGGAGCAGAGACACCUUCGCUGGGAGAAGAUAAAGGACAGGUUGAAGGAGGAGAAGCUCGAGGGCCUGAGGCAGAAGCUAACAAAGAACGGCACCCAGGACUCAGAGGAGGCCAGCAAGCUGACAGUGGAGGACAUCUCUGACGAGGACCUCGACCUCGGCGGUGUCGACCUGGGGGACAGUUCGUCCCUCCAGCCCUACCCAUCCAAGAGGAGGCAUGCUCUGCUGAAGGCUGCCGGAGUGAAGAAGAUCGACCGCGAGGAGAAGCGACACCUCCACGCCAUCCGACUCUCACGGGAGGACUGUGGCUGCGACUGCCAGGGCUUCUGUGAGCCCGAGACCUGCACCUGCAGCCUGGCGGGCAUCAAGUGCCAGAUGGACCACUCCUCAUUCCCCUGUGGCUGCACCAAGGAUGGCUGUGGGAAUACCGAAGGCCGCAUCGAGUUUAAUUCAGGCCGGGUCCAGACUCAUUAUAUCCACACUAUCAUGAAGCUGGAGCUGGAGAAGCGUCUGGAGGAGGAGAGCAGUGAGGUGGACACCCUGGGCUUGUCCUCCGUUGAAGAGGACAGUGAGGUUCCCCCCGUCAGCCCCUCAUUCCACUUCAGCCCCGAAUUAGCAGCAGCGGGAGACAACAGCUGUAGCAGCGACAUGACAGACUCCUCUUCCAGCUCUCUGAGCCGUAGCGAGGAUUUGGAGACGGGGAGGCCACCGCGACCAGCCCGUCCAGCCCUAGAUGUGGACGAUGAUGGACUGGCGCGCAUCCUCAGUUUCGGCGACUCCGACAACGAAGACUGUCCUGGUAGCAACGACGGACACCAGCAGAGCGGCCAGUGGCAGCAACGAGGACCACCGAAGGGGCCGGCAGGGUUUGUUGCAGCAGAACCCUUCAGCGGAAAUGGCAUGAGACCUGCCGUACCAAGCGACUGUGCGGACAAUCGUGUCCUGACAAUCUCCGAAAUGCUGGACGAAAACGCCAACCAGGGCAGUGUGCCUCCAUCAACUGGCCCCCUGCCUGGUACCCUUCUCCCAUCCUUGGAUCACACCAACGGCUUGAUGGACCUUAGCCUCUCUUCAGGUUCUGACCUAGAGUUCUUCGAAGGCUUUCCCAGCUUCCGGCACAACCCCAUGUACGGCUCGCUGAAGGACUACGAGAAUCUGGAUGACAAUUUUCAGUUUCAGUUUCCCAACUACCCCAACCUGCCCCAGGUUAAUGACUCUGGCACCUGCCUCCUGGAGUCCCUGAUAGGCCUGUCUGACUGCAUCCCAGAGCCCUCUACGGCUUUUACGGACAACCAGUUGUUGGAAGAAGCUAUGAAGUCCUCCGUAUCGGAAUCACUAAAGGUUUAACGGAAAUGCUUUGGCAUUUGGCAAAAUUGCCUGAAGAAUGCACAUUUAUACUUUAUAAAACUUCUUUGGGUUACAGCAGUCUAAAGAUCGCUGUGAACCAACUCUUGUUUUGCCAUUCAUAUUUCAGUGAAAGGGAUAUGUUUAUCAUUAAUCAGUUUGUGAUUAAAGCUUCAGUCAGGGAUCGUAAGUUAUUGGAUGGGUAGGUUAUGGGGUAAUGACCUUGCCUGAUUUUUCUGGCAGCAGAUGGCCUAAAAAGCAGCUGCCGCUUUGUGUCUAUGGAUGGGUCGGGAAAUGUGAUGCAUCUAAUGGAUCUCUGGCCUGCACAAUCUCAGCAGUGGCAUGAAGACCUUAGUAGUCACUUUGACCUUCUUGAUUUGGGACCCAUGUACAGCCCUGGUACAGAGUCUGUAAACUCCAGUACUCUUGUGCAGUGGAGCAUUUUGUUCCAAUCUGCUUAUUUCUUAAAAAAAAAAAAAUAUCAAGAUAAACUGAUCUAAU